ACUCUCCAGCGGCCGCCCGGCUGCAGCAUGCGCGUCCGCCGGGGGCUGCUGCGGCUGCCGCGCCGCUCGUUGCUGGCCGCGCUCUUCUUCUUCUCGCUCUCGUCCUCGCUGCUCUACUUCGUCUAUGUGGCGCCCGGCAUAGUGAACACCUACCUCUUCAUGAUGCAAGCUCAAGGCAUUCUGAUCCGGGACAACAUGAGAACAAUUGGCGCUCAGGUUUAUGAGCAGGUGGUUCGGAGUGCUUAUGCCAAGAGGAAUAGUAGCAUGAAUGACUCAGGUAUAUUUUUAGUAAAGAGGUGGUCUGAUUAGAAUGUCUGCUCCCCACAGAGGUAAAUUCGGUUUGAAUAAUUAUUUUUGUUGGAGAAAAGUGCAUUGUAAAAGAAGGUUUGGCUGAGUCUUACCUUAUUACUAAAAAAGAGACUCUUGCAAAAUGAAUCCUUGUUCAUUUUGCUAACAGUAUAUUAAGGGUGGCCGGAUGACUCCAGUUUUGCUCCUAAGACUUUUCAGGGUCGGGGAGGUAAGAAAUACCUUCUAAGACCCCGUUUUUCAGUGCACUAGCCUGCAAGAGGGUACCGAAAUUAAGCUUGUGUUUAGGACACAAGCAAAACAGGAGCACCAAAAACUGUUUCUGGAAAUACUUUGAUUUCAAAAAAAAUGUUCCACACAGCCAUACUUCCUUCUGCUUACUUACUGUGGGGUUCA